AUGGCCCCCAAGAAAAACACAAUGCUAGACCAUGACCCUGUUGACUGGACCGUUGACGAGGUCGUAGCCUUCUUUUGCGUCAAAAAAGCCCCAGAAUGGGGUUCAACCAUUCCGAUUCAGCCCAACACAAUUGAGCAAUGCAUGAGAGCGAAUGGAAUUUCGGGCUCCGUUCUUUUGAACCUUGUUAACAACACUGUUCUCAGAGAAGACCUCAACGUCAAGGCCUUUGCGGAUCGAGCCUUUAUAGUUGCGGGGAUCGAAUGGCUAAAAAAGCGUUCCCACUCGUUUUCGUCACAAGAGACCCAAGAGGCCGAAGAGGCCGAGGAGGCCCCAGAGGCCCAAAAAGUUCAAGAAGCUGGCAAAUAUCCCCCAGCUAAGAACAUUUCCAAGACCCCGCGACGAAUCAAGCCAAUUCUCGUCACUGAAAACGCCGAUUCCGAGCCCAUCCUUCCCAACAAGAUUGUUUCGAUGACGGAUGAUCAUCCGUUGAUCGCCCGCAUUAUGCGCAAAUACCCUCCCAAACCGGAGGAUGAUCCCGACGUAGUCACAGCAUUAGACUCUGAUGCAAGCUCUGACGACGAAGAGAGCGAUCAUCAUGAGCAGGAGGAGGCGGAGGAGGAGACUCCGCCCCCUUCCAGCUCGACAAUCCUCUCUUCCGAGGAGCUAUCAUCAGAGAUCGACGACUACAUAGAGGAGCGUCGGGUCAUCUGGGGGAGAGGACUGGCAGAAAAUGCAAACCGCGAGUUUACCAUGUGGGUGCAGAGGGAUGACGGGGCCUUCCAGAAAUCUAUGGAGGAUAAACUCAAGCAUUUCAAAGCCCGUUUGGACAGCAUUCGAUCAGCACUGCAGGGUGCGCAGCACACAUCUCGGAGCUCAGUUCGCCGAGCUUGUGUGGUCCUGGACUACACACUGCCAGUCAUGUUUGAACUGGAAUGGCAGAAAGUUGUGAUGGGGGGUAGCCAUUUUCCAGGGACCAACCCAAGAGAUCAACAUGAUGCUUUCUCUGACUUGCAAGACGAUAAAAUCGAAUCCAACCCGGAAGGCAACCCCGACCAGCCUUCGCAACCCGGGCCUUUUGAAUUGGUCGCUGCGGAUGAGGAGGAGUUGAUAAUUGUGCAACUGGAUGAGGAGGCAGCCAGCCCAUCAAAGGGCCAUGACUCAAAGCGGCCCCGGUACGACUUCAGACAAGAUGCAGCAGAAUCCGCAAACUUGCCCUUCGAACCUGAUGUGCCACUGCCUUCCAAAGAAUCGGACGAAGGAAAUGUGCCCACGCGCCAAAGUCAGAAUGUGGAGAAGCAAUCUUUUGCUCAUCCCGAUCAUUACGCUGAGGUUUUCGACAAGGUUCAUUUAAAGAUGUGGACGACAAUCGAACAAAAUGGAAACCGUGAAGAAAUGUUGGCAAAAACACUCGCAAACAUGCCCGACGCUAAACUUGAUCGGCUUUCCUAUUACCUUGGACAAUACAUUGAGUCGGCUUACCAAAGAAAAGUUUAUGAUGCUCUGACCGCAAUGAAUGAGGGUAGACUUGUGGCGAAAGACCACGAUUCCGAGACCAAUCAUCAUACAAUGACUCUGGGCUCGCUAUUUAUCGCAUGGAUCAAUUGCAUUCCGUUGUCCCGACAUGGAAUCAAAUUGGAGCAUGUUCAGACUGCUCUCCGAGCAGUGGAAAGCGGGACACAAGAGGACAGCGAAGAUUAUCAAUCCAGCAAGUUCUCUAAGUUCUGGACCACCCUGGAUUCCCUUGUCCCUGCUUGCCAGAAAUGGAAGGCCUUGGGUCCUAGCGAAAGAAACAGCGACUACACAAGCAGACAACCCAAGGGUAAAACAAGAAGACGAUUCGAGACGCCUCUGAACAGUGUUCAGAAAGACGCGCAAUCUCGCGAGCAUCAGCAGGAUGAGGCAAAGCAGGCCUUGAUCCAAUCGCGGGCGACUAUGGGCUUGCCUGACACCGAUCCACUCAGAAAGCCAAUAACGUUCAACGAACCGGAGAUACAUUUGGAUACACACUUCAGCCGGGUCGUCAAGGAUCAUCAGUUGCGUGGGAUUCAAUUCAUGUACAGAGAAACGGUUGGGAAUAUGAAGCCGGAAGGUUGUUUGCUUGCCCACACAAUGGGCCUCGGGAAAACACUGCAAGUCAUUGCUUUACUUGUUACGAUUAGUGCUGCCGGGGCAUCUAAAGACCCUGGGAUUCAGAUGCAGAUACCCAUCGAACUGAGGAAUUCGAAAACUCUCAUUCUUUGCCCCGCGGCAUUGACCCAAAAUUGGCUUGAUGAGUUUGCGAAAUGGACGCCUCAAGGUCACCAUUUGGGCAUAAUUACGGCUCUGCAUAGCAAAGUCGCCCGAGGAAACAUGCGCUUUGAGCAAAUUCAAAAAUGGGAUAAACAGGGUGGGGUUCUCAUUGUCGGCUAUCAGCUUUUUCGUUCGGUAAUCGAGAACAAGGCAACGGCCAAAGGAAAGUGCUUCGAUAAAUCGCAGUAUACACGGGUCAAAGCUUGGUUGCUGGACGGACCAAAUAUGGUCAUUGCUGAUGAGGCGCAUCAAUUACGCAACCAUUCUUCUCAGAUUUCCCAGGUGGCGUCGAAAUUCCGCACGAAGCGGCGGAUUGCAAUGACUGCCUCUCCAUUGUCGAACUCCUUGAUGGACUACUACUGGAUGUUCGACUGGAUAGCCCCUCAUUUCCUAGAGGACGUCGAAGAGUUCAAAACAGAGUUCAUGAAGCCCAUUGAGGCUGGAUCUGACUUCCAAAGCACGGUGAGAGAGCGGAGAGUUGGACUGCGAGCCCUAGAACAGUUGUCCCGAAUCCUGAGCCCUAAAAUUGAUCGUGCCGAUUUGUCCGUGUUAAAAGUCCAUUUGCCUCCGAAGUUUGAAUUUCACAUUGCUUCCACACUGUCUGCAAUCCAACUGGAAGCUUACAAUUUAUUUGUUGAGGCUGUUCGGAAGGGAACGGCCGAGGGCAUGACCUGCAAUCUCUGGUCCUGGAUGGGUACUUUGCAACUUUGUUGCAACCAUCCAAGCAUGUUACGGCAAAAGCUCCAAAAACGUGUGCGAGAUGUCUCCAAUACUCACUGUGAUUUUGAAACACCAAAAAUCUCUGAUGGCCCAACAACAGGAGUCGUGACCCAGUCUAUUCUGUCCAGAAUCAAUACUUUGUUUGGCCAGGUAGCAGACAUCGCAGCUCCAGAACUGUCUCACCGGGUGUCGAUCUUAAUGGUCAUCAUUGAAGAAUCAAUCAAACACGGCGAUAAGGUCUUAGUGUUCUCCCAGAGCAUUCCAACCCUGGAAUACCUGGCAACUCUGCUAGAAAGCCAGAAACGGCCCUACUGCAUGCUUACUGGCAAGACACCGACGGGAGAUCGGCAAUCGAGUGUCACGCAAUUUAACACCAGUGGCGUGAAAUCCGUCUUCCUCAUAUCGACUCGCGCUGGUGGAGUGGGUUUGAACAUACAAGGGGCGAACAGAGUUGUCAUUUUUGAUUUCUUGUUUACUCCCAGCUGUGAGGACCAGGCUGUCGGCCGUGCAUAUCGCCUGGGGCAGACAAAACCAGUAUACGUGUACCAUUUCAUAUCUGGAGGAACAUUUGAGCAGGAAAUGCACAAGAAGACAAAGUUCAAAAGCGAGCUUGCUACCCGAGUGGUCGAUCACAAGAACGUUACCCGAGCGGGCACCAAAGCCUCCUCCCCUUACCUGGCUAACUGUGUAAAUGUGCAGAGCGUCCCACUUGUCUGUGAAGAUGCUCUCAUGAAGGACCCGGUCAUCAUGCCCGUUCUUGCCCUUUCUCAAAAUGCCCAUAUGAUUUCUGAGAUCUGCAUGAUCCAACAAACGCACGAGAAUGAAGAACUCACUCCAGACGAACGAAAAUGUGUUGAGGAUUACCUCUUCUUGCGGCGUUUGCGGUUGAGCGAUCCAGUGCGACAUGCAGCUGAAAUGCGAAGGACAUCAUUGUCCCAAGUUUGCCCCUCCCUUGGAUAUGCUACCCUCUUCCAACCUGCAGAACCUGGUUCAUCUUUGCAAAUGCCUCCUCCGCCUCGUCCCGCCGCCACUAGUUUGGACCCCUCUCCAUUGCCCUCAGACACCUUUUCGUCGAGCGGCAUGCAGCAGUGGUCGUAUAAUUCUACAAGCGAUGGUGCUGAAAUGGAUAUUAUCUCGUAG